UUUCCGUGUAAAGAAAGCAUAGUUUAUGAAACCUACAAAAUGGUCAAGGUUCAACGCCGGAAGUACCGAGUCCAGUGCACCUUCCAUUUUAGUUGAAUUUGCGGAAGUUUCAAUCACCUUCCCUGAUUCGUAACGUCAGAAUUUAUAGACUGCGACAGCGAUUAGGAUCGAUUUUUCUACCAUUUCUCCUUCCUUUCGAUGGUUUUUCUGUUUUUACACUUUUACCAAGCAAACGCGCACGCAGACUUGCCGAUCAAUUUACCAGAAUCAAUUAUAAAUACCAUCUCACAUAAAUGAUAAAUCUCAACUUUCUUUUAACAUUUUCCUGCACCUUGGUCGCUGUGGGUAUAGUAUAAUCACCAGUGUUUUUGAGUUUGCAAGUGUUUAUAAAAUGAAGUCGUCACUGGAGAAGUUUGGGCGCAAAUUAACGAUGCACAAGAACGAUGGGAAGGAGAAGAAGGAUCAUCAGCCUUCCGCCCAUUUGGAUGAGCUUGUUCAGGUUUCCAAGGAUAUGCAAGACAUUAGAAACUCCUAUGAUGGCUUAAUGUCAGCUGCUGCUGCAAUGACAAAUAGUAUAUUUGAAUUUUCAGAAUCUCUACAUGAAAUGGGGACCUGUUUGCUGGAGAAAAGUGCAAGUGAUGUUGAUGGUGAAAGUGGAAGAGUGUUAUCAACUUUAGGAAAUAAUACAAUCAGAACUCCAAAAAAUCGCGGAUACGACUUAUUCCUCUUCAUAUAUCAGCGUUCUUACGUGGUUGUGACAAUUACAAAUCCAUCAGAGUCUCUUCUAUCUGAGCUACAAAAAGUAGAGGAGAUGAAGCUUCAAUGUGAUGAAAAAAGAGGUGUGUACGAAUACAUGAUGUCACAACACAAAGAAAAGGGAAAGUUGAGAAGUGGAAAGGCUGAAAGUUCAGUUGCACAAAAACUACAAGAAGCACAAGAUGAAUAUAAUGAAGUGGCUAGACUAUGUGCCUUUCGGGUAAAAUCACUCAAGGAGGGACAAUGCCGUAGUAUUUUGACACAGGCUACUCGCCAUCAUGCUGCACAGUUGAAUUUUUUUCGUAAGGGAUUUAAGGCUCUUGAAGCAGUUGACCCGUUGAUAAGAAUUGUUGCAGAGAAGCAUCGAAUCGAUUGCCAACUCACUGAAUUUGAUGAUGUGAAUGGUGGGGAAGAUGGAGGUAUGAACAGCUUUGAGAGGAUUGAUGAUGGGGAAUUGAGUUUUGACUAUGGGCAAAAGAAGCAAGGACUUGAUAAUUUUGGCACAUCAAUGGAGGUAGACCGGCCUGACAUACCACAUCUUCUUCAAGUUCCAACUUCAGAAGAUCGACAUAUGAAUCAUUAUAAACAACAGCAAGGGGCGCGAGCGAGCAGUUAUUCUGCCCCGUUAUUCCCGGAUUCAUCUGAGAAGCCUAAGGAAACACUUACACAAACACAACCCCGACAGAAAUUUCACUCUUACGUGCUACCUCCUCCAAAAACACCUCCUGCAUCAUCUGUCCCCCACACCAAUAAUCCAUUCAGCAAGUUGCAACCAACAGAUGAGAAACACGAGAGGGAUUCUAAUGAUUCCAAACCCACGAUAAAAGAUUCCAAUUCCAGCAUCCAGUUACCUGCUCCUCCUCCUCCUCCUCCUCCUUCAUGGAGUGGGUUUGAUAGUAAAGUAGGGAAAAGACUAGCCUACUCUGGUCCAUUGCUGCCAACCAAGGGGGGGUUUUCCGGAAAGAUAAAUACUAGUGAAGUUCAUGUUUCUCGUAGUGUUUCACCUCCGCCUCCGGGUCUAUCACUAUCACUAUCUUCUUCUCCCAGAAUCAGUGAGCUUCAUGAGCUUCCUAGGCCUCCUCCUCCUUCAAAACAGGAAGCUUCUCAGUUCACUCUAGCAACCCGAGUGCUAUGGAGUCCCCACAGUCACAAAGAACAGGAGGCAGGACUAGGCAUGAACAACAACAAAUCUUCUCUCCCCCACUCACACCCAUUUUGCUUUCAAAUCUCAAGUCUAGAGGCCACACCUAAGCCUAAGGUGGAAGCUGAUUCGUGUUGUGCUUGAACAUAAGGUUGUUUUUUUUUAGUUGAAUGACGUUUUAUAGAGUUUCUUCGUUUAUCUUGGUUUUUUUGGGGGACAGGGACAGGUGUGUAAAUAUAAGGCAUUUCUUGUGUUUUUAACAUCAUCAUAGACAUUUCUGGAUUUCCUUCCUAAAUCAAAUUUAAUUUUUGCAUGUCUACUUUCCAAUAAUGAUUAAAUUUUAUACCUUAUGUGGGUGGCUAAUCUCAAGAAACCUCCUACUUAUCCUACAGAUACGAGAGUUAGGGUUUAUACUUUAUAAACUUACAUUAAUCAUUAAAAUCCUCAGAUCUUCUCAAUAUGAUGUGUUCCUUUAUGGGGGGUGUAUUGAUAUUCCCUCUCCGACAUUGCUCAGGAGGAGAUGCUGAGUUCAUAUAGAGUUGGGGCCCAAAACAGAUAAUAUCACAAUCACUCUAUUAAGGGGGUUUUCUAGCAUGCUGAACAAUUUGAAAAUUAUAUAACAAAAUUUUAUUUUAUUUUUAUUUCAGAUUUUAUGUAGAUUGUUAUGCAUAAUUGUUUUUUUGACGCGGCAUGGGUUGUUUACCUGUUCACUCG